UGCUCCCAGGGCCUACUGUCUGCCUCCACAUGGCCCACCGCCACCGUUCAGGCCACCACUCUGGGACCGGCAGCCUUUUCUGCCUGGGACUGGCUGCUCCCAGAGACUGCUGCCUGCCACCACAUGGCCUGCUGCCACCAUUUGGGACCUACAGCAUUUCUGCUGCCUACUGCUGCGGGGAUCUUGCUGCAUUUUUAAAAAAGAACAACAGACAUGAAUAACUGUGCAGUUAACAGGCUUUGGUCCAGGCCCUGAAUGGCUGGUCUCCAGUUGGCUCCACAUCUGCCUGUGGGCGUUAUGUUCCCACAUAAUAAAACAGAAGCGCCAGGGCUCCACUCAGCAAAGCGGGACCCUUAUGAACAAGGUGACUCUUCCCAGCGGUCCUCGAUGGGACACUUGAGGAACAAUUUCCAGCAGAAGUUUUGGAACAAUACAGAGCCUGAGCCGGAGGAGGGUGUCUCCACUCACCCCAAAGGGAACAUGUGCACAAAAGCCCGGAGGCACUCGUGUCCCCAGAGUGCCAGGAUCAGCCAGCAGAGCUCAGCAAGCAAUCCCCAGGGCCAAGGAAAGGGCUCAUUUUCCUUGUCAAACCCUCAACCCCGGUAUCCCAAAGCAAAUGACCAAGACUUCAUUCCCUUGAGGAAGAAACGAGUUGGAGUAGAUCGAGCAUACCCACUGAAACCCAUGGCCCACCGGAAGUCUCAUAGUACAGGUGAGGUAGGCACCGAUGGGGACCAGAAUGCCUAUCCAAGACUCCCUAACUCGAGCGAGCUUUCAGACAGCAACUUUGGUUUGAGAAGCUGGUUGAAUUCGUCUCUUUUUGCCUCUGUGCAGGCAGAGAAGGUCAUGGCGGACCUCCAUAGGACCGAGUGGACACAGAUCCGAAGACUAGAAGCGGCAGGUGAGACGCUAGAGAUGGAAAUCCGCAGAAAAGAGAGCCUCCUGAGAGAGAAGCUGAAGAAGACAGAGGAGGGUCUCCGAAGGAUUCAGAAGGAAAAGAAAGGGGCCCAGGAGCAUGAAGACAGAGAGCUACUAAGAACGACCCUAUCUGCAGGGAGAGUUAGGGACCGUAACAGCAACGCCACACAGACACCCAGUUUAUCUCCCGAGUUCAGUUCCGAGGAAUUCAGUAGAGAUAGGGAAGAGGGUCAACCUUGUGAAUGGGCUCAGAAAACCUCUAGCCCACUCCAGUUCUCUGAUUAUGAAAUCCAGAGGCUCAAAAGGGAGAGGUUGAUGGCAAGUAACAACAAAGUCCGAGACUCAGGGCCUCCCGCAGACGAAUUCCUGAAACCUUCAGAAGAGCUGGGCAGCACAUUGCAGGCAUCAAGCCCGUUGGCAUCACCAGGCUCCUUGGGGUCCGGUUCCUCCACAGAAGAGCCAGAGCUGAGCAAGUGCAGCCACUGUGGACGCUCGUUUCUUUCUCUCAGGCUGCAGAGACACUCCACCGUCUGUGGGAAGAUGCAAGGAUCCAAGAGGAAAGUGUUCGACUCCUCCAGGGCCCGGGCUAAGGGCACAGAGCUAGAGCAGUACUUGAACUGGAAGGGGCCAGCCACCGCCGCCAAGACGGAGCCUCCCCGGAAGAGCACCUGGAGACAGAAGCACGAGUCUUUUAUCCGCACCCUCCGUCAUGCUCGGCAGGUCCAGCAGGUCAUUGCCAGAGGUGGGAAUCCCUCAGACUUGCCCCCCAUCCUGCCUGCGGAAAACCCAGACUAUGUCCAGUGUCCCCACUGCAGUCGCCACUUUGCUCCCAAGGUGGCUGAACGCCACAUACCCAAGUGUAAGACCAUCAAGAACCGCCCCCCACCCCCGAGGAGGCACGACAGCUGAGCAGACAAUGGCAGACCCGCCUUGCUUAGUUGAGGAGGCUGAGCUUCCCUUCAGCAGUAAACCAGAGCGUGAGUGGCAGAAAGCAGGGAGAAGCGGUACCUUUGCAGAACUCAGGCCCCACCUGCUGAGCCAAACCACCCCGGAGGAGAGCUCGCUACCUGGCAGGAGGCGGGUGGAAGCUCAGUUUCUCACUGGAUCAUAACCCUGGCUGUGUGUUUAUGUUCUUGCCUGCAGGACUGGGGCGGGUGUGUGUGAGAGAGAGGACACUGGGUAGUGAGGCCGCAUUAAAGCGCUCUUCUCCUGAGCCCGACCAUGGUUUGUGCUGAAGUGCCUGCAUUCAGUUGUGUUUUCUGACCAUGGCACGUGUCCAGGGUUUCUGUUAGCCCUUCUUGCUUUUCAAAGUAGGGAUAAUAAAGAGGAGUGAGGUCAGAGGGUCAUUGCCAUACAGAUGGUAACUCUUAUAAAAGAUAGAAGUUUGUGCCGUCAGGCAUUAUUGAUGGAAAUCUAUCCUUGGCCUCCAUGGCCCAUGGUUCUGGCUGCUAGCCAACAAAAGUAUGUAACAUUAGGGGACCAGUGUAUCCUUAACCUUCCCCGUGGUGUGCUGUAUAAUGAAACAUCUUUUUGCACUUUACAGGGUAAGGAUGAAUAGAAAACAAUUUUACUUCUCUGUACUUGUUCUUUUUAAACGCAUCUCAUAUGUUAAAGAAAGAAGCCCCUAGGACCCUUUCAAACAAUACUGCCUGGGUACCUUGAGACAGCAGAGCCAGUCUAAGCAAGCAUAGACAAUGUUCAUUUUCAUGGCCCUGUGAUCGGAGCGUAGUCAGACUUCUAUUUUAAACACUGAAAGGGAUCAGGUCUUCUUAACAGUGAGAACACUGCUCACUUCAAGUUAGACCUUCAACUAGGGGGUUUGGGGAGCUUAGAAAGAUGGGCGCUGAAGCUCUUACAAAUGCUGGAUAUUUAGCCUGACAUGCCCCCAACCCUGGCAAGUUUAUUGAGGAGUACACAGUUCCUUACAUCAGGUUAAAGGGAACAGAUAAGCAGCCAUGGCUAAAGAAGUCACAAUGUUGUAUCCCCAUGGAUGUUCACAAUUUUUAAAAAUUAUGAGUGUUUUGACUGCACACCGGUACCUGCAGAAGUCAGAAGUGCUGGAUCCCCUGGAUCUGGAGUUACAGAUGGUUGUGAGCCACCACGUAUGUGCUAGGAACCCAGGUUCUUUGUUUCUUUGUUUUGACACAAGGUUUCUUGUGUAGCUUGGUGAUCCUGAAACUCACCCUAAAGACCAGACUGGCCUUGAACUGACAGAGAUCCACCACCUCUGCCUCCUGAGUGCUGGGACUAAAGGUUCUUAACCUCAGAACCAUCUCU